AUGGAAAUCGUGAACUUCAUGGAACCCAGUGAGAAGGUGCAGGAAGUCAGCCAGGCUGAUUUUGAUAAGGCAGCAGAAGAUGUGAGGAAGCUGAAAACAAGACCAGAUGAUGAAGAACUGAAGGAACUCUACGGGCUCUACAAACAAUCUGUAAUUGGAGACAUCAAUAUUGAGUGUCCAGGAAUGCUAGAUUUAAAAGGCAAGGCUAAGUGGGAAGCAUGGAACCUCCAAAAAGGAUUAUCAAAGGAAGAUGCCAUGAAUGCCUAUAUUUCUAAAGCAAAAGAGCUGAUGGAAAAAUAUGGAAUUUAGAAUUCAGCAUAUAAGAAAACUUUCCUUUUGAAGCCUUCGUAAUGGUAUCAUGACCUAACAUUUAGGGGAGAAAUGCACUGUUAACUCAUUAUGUAUCAUAAAAAUUCACAUUAGUAACAUGAAUUAUAAUCCUUAAUUCGAAAUAUGAUGAAACUACAUAUUUAAGGAAAUUUUACUUGCUAAAGCCAGGUGGGGUUUUUUUACAUUUUAAAAAAGUAUCUUUAUUUAGGUUUCUGAUUCAUCACUUGUAUCAAAGACUAAUCACCAUAAAGAAGUGAUUUUAAGCAAAAAUCAUUGAUCUGGCAAAACAUUAACAUUUGUUUGUUCUUUUGGCUUAUCUGUUUUUCUACAGUGGUACAAUCAACGGUUUUUAAAGAACCAAUACCAAAGCUAUUCCUUUUUUGCACCAUGUAGCUUUGAGGCUCACAUUGAUUCAGGGCCUAAUUCCAGUCCUGGCUCCAGUCCUUACUCUGUGAUUUAGUUACUAUGUGACCUACGCACAUUACUUAAUCUUGCUAAGUCUCAGCUGUAAGGUAGAGAAAAAUAUCAGUCUCACAGAGUUGUAAGAAUUGAAUGAGGUAACUGGAAAUAUUCUACUUUCACUUUAAAACGUAUGCUACACAAAACCUAAAAAUAAAUAAUGUUUAAGACAAAUAAAAAAAAAACAAACUUAAACAUAAUAUCUAGUGGUAAUAUACCUCUUAUGUUGAGUUUUAUCAGAGUGAAAGCAUAGAGUCUGAAAUAUAUUGUCCCACUACUCAGUCUUUCUUGCUGGUACACAGACUCUCUGAAAGAAGAUAGUCUCUCUUUUUUUUUAAUCCUCACCCCAGGAUAUGUUUUUAUUGAUUUUUAAAGAGAGAGGAAGGGAAAGAGACACAGAGAGAGAAACAUCAAUGUGAGAAAACAUUGAUGGUUGCCUCCCGUGCACACCCCGACUGGCGAUCGAAUCUGCGACCUAGGUAUGUGUGCUGACUGCGAAUUGACCCCACAGCCUUUUGGUGCACCAGACGAUGCUCCAGCCAACUGAGCCACCUCACCAGGAUGAAGAUAGGCUCAUUUUAAUAGUUCUAAAAUCUGUUUGAGAUUACAUAGGCUACAGAUCUUCCCAAAGCAGUGUACCUCUAUUGCCUGCAUGAGGCUUCAGGUUUGGUCUGGUAUAACCGGAGGGAUAGAUUGAUUUCAUGUGACUUAAAAAAAAUCUAGUCACUAGAUGAAUUUCCAGGGAAUUAUGCCGAGUGAAGAAAGCCAAUCCCAAAACGACUUCAUUUCUGUAACAUCCUUGAUAUAGACCUAGAGGACAGAAUAGGGAUUGUCAGGGAGGAGGGACGCGGGUGUGGUUAUAAAAGGCAGCAGAGGGAUCCUGUCGUCUAGGAAUGUUAGGUAUCUUGACGAUAUGAAGGUCAGUUUCCUGGUUGUGAAGUUACACUAGAGUUUUGUGUGAUGUUAGGGGAAACUGAGUAUUUCUGUAUUGUUUCUUUCAACCACAUAUGAAUCUGUAAUUAUCUCAAAAUAAAAAGUUUAAUUAACAACAAA